GCGGCCCCCCGCAUUCCCCGCCCCCACCUCCCCGCCUUGUUGUCCAACUUCUCCCGGAGCAGCCCGAGAGCAGGCGUCGGGACGCGGCAAAGAGAGGAGAGGCCACUAUGGCGGAGCUGCAGGAGGUGCAGAUCACAGAGGAGAAGCCACUGUUGCCAGGACAGACGCCUGAGGCGGCCAAGGAGGCUGAGUUAGCUGCCCGAAUCCUCCUGGACCAGGGACAGACUCACUCUGUGGAGACACCAUACGGCUCUGUCACUUUCACUGUCUAUGGCACCCCCAAACCCAAACGCCCAGCGAUCCUUACCUACCACGAUGUGGGACUCAACUAUAAAUCUUGCUUCCAGCCACUGUUUCAGUUCGAGGACAUGCAGGAAAUCAUUCAGAACUUCGUGCGGGUUCAUGUGGAUGCCCCUGGAAUGGAAGAGGGAGCCCCUGUGUUCCCUUUGGGAUAUCAAUACCCAUCUCUGGACCAGCUUGCAGACAUGAUCCCUUGCGUCUUGCAGUACCUAAAUUUCUCUACAAUAAUUGGAGUUGGUGUUGGAGCUGGAGCUUACAUCCUGGCGAGAUAUGCUCUUAACCACCCGGACACAGUUGAAGGUCUUGUCCUCAUCAACAUUGAUCCCAACGCCAAGGGUUGGAUGGAUUGGGCAGCCCACAAGCUAACCGGCCUCACCUCUUCCAUUCCGGAGAUGAUCCUUGGACAUCUUUUCAGCCAGGAAGAGCUCUCUGGAAAUUCUGAGUUGAUACAAAAGUACAGAAAUAUCAUUACACAUGCACCCAACCUGGAUAACAUUGAGUUGUACUGGAACAGCUACAACAACCGCCGAGACCUGAACUUUGAGCGUGGAGGUGAUAUCACCCUCAAGUGUCCUGUGAUGCUGGUGGUAGGAGACCAAGCACCUCAUGAAGAUGCAGUGGGAGAUCAACUUUGGGGCACUAAGAAUUUGAUUCCUGCCUCCUGCUUACUCCAGGUGGAAUGUAACUCAAAACUGGACCCCACCCAGACCUCGUUCCUCAAGAUGGCUGACUCCGGAGGUCAGCCCCAGCUGACUCAGCCAGGCAAGCUGACCGAGGCCUUCAAGUACUUCCUGCAAGGCAUGGGCUACAUGGCCUCAUCCUGCAUGACUCGCCUGUCCCGGUCUCGUACAGCCUCUCUGACCAGUGCAGCAUCUGUUGAUGGCAACCGGUCCCGCUCUCGCACCCUGUCCCAGAGCAGCGAGUCUGGAACUCUUUCUUCGGGGCCCCCAGGGCACACCAUGGAGGUCUCCUGUUGAAUGACCCUUGUUGCCCUAGUGUGGGACCCAGCCCUCACCUCCCCCAGAACUAACCUGGGAGGUGCUGAAGGGGCAUUGGGCCAGAGUAAGCAAGGGAAAAAGGGCAGAUCAUGUGGGGAGAUGACCUUGAUCUUUGAUUGCUACCCUAACCUUGACCUUUAACCUGUGAUUCCCCCCAGCUCCUGGAAGAGAUGUCCUAAUAUCUCUUAGGGACCCAGACCCCUAAAUUCUCCUCCUCCCCCAUUUUGGUGUUAAGGUGGAGAGGGCAUGCAUCCUCUGUCCUGAUCUAGGUGUCUGUAGCUGAGGGGUAAGAGGUUGUUGUAGUUGUCGUGGUGCCUCCAUCAGACUCUCCCUACUCAUCCCAUAUUUGCAAGGGGAGGGGAUUUGGGGCUGGGGCUCCAUUCACCAAAGCUGAUAUGGCUUCUCGUUAACCCUUUAGGACUCUGAAGGGUAUGGACCUACAUGAAUGUGUGUCGGGGAGACUUGCUGGUGGGUUAGUGGUCCUCAGGAUGUGCUAGAAACAUCCAGUGUAAAAAGGAAGUUGGAAUGGGAGUUGGUGGGCAAUGAAUGAGUGUCGGGGAAGGAUUGGUGCUGGGGCAACAGGAAGGGGCCUGGGGCCUGGGGCCAUUUGGCUGCACUAACUUUGGUAGCUCUCAGUGUGCAUCUAGAGUGGGACUGGGGAGGGAGCUAAGCUUGGGCUGGGCUGCUUGGGGCUUGGCAUAGGGGUGGAAAGGGCUACCCUGGGGCUCUGACCACACUGUAUUAUGUGUGGAGGGUGCCCUCCUGUCUCCCACAACUUCUGCUAUAACAAUAAACUGUAGAGGAAUCUGA